GGGGGCGGACGGGGCGGACCGGAGCCGCGCCGAGCCCAGCCAGGCCCUGCUCUCCCUGCGAUGCCCAGCCACCCCCGCCAGACCCUCACCCCCCUGCGUUAGGUGCUGAAGGCCGCGGACGCCCGGCGCUGCGCACAUCAAGGUGGUUGGUGAGCCUGGACAGCAGUGGAUGAGCGCUGGGCACUGGCCUAGCCACGCACUCACACCGGCACCAUGGACUUCGUCAUGAAGCAAGCGCUGGGCGGGGCUACCAAGGACAUGGGGAAGAUGCUGGGGGGUGAGGAGGAGAAGGACCCUGAUGCGCAGAAGAAGGAAGAGGAGAGGCAGGAAGCCCUGCGCCAGCAGGAGGAGGAGCGGAAAGCCAAGCACGCCCGCAUGGAAGCUGAGAGGGAGAAAGUCCGGCAGCAGAUCCGUGACAAGUAUGGGCUGAAGAAGAAGGAGGAGAAGGAGGCAGAGGAGAAAGCCGCUCUGGAGCAGCCUUGUGAGGGCAGCCUGACACGCCCCAAGAAGGCGAUCCCAGCGGGCUGCGGGGACGAGGACGAGGAAGAGGAGGAGAGCAUCCUGGACACAGUCCUCAAGUACCUGCCCGGCCCACUGCAGGAUAUGUUCAAGAAGUAACAGCACCACCAACCCUGCCAUGGGGUACUGGGGCACGGGCGCCCUCUCCCCUCUGACCCCGCCAUUAGCUCCCUUGGCCCCGAGGGGGGUCCCCGCACCCCUUCCCCACCCCGUCCUGUCCUUUCCCCCGACCAGACCAAAAACCCGCCCCGUCCCGUCCAGGCAGGGCCCCCCCCACCAUGCCGUGCCAAAGGGGAGCGGCCCUGGCCGGACAGGGCGAACCGGGACCAAAUGCACUGAUGUAACCUCGUGGCAGGCUGGGGGCACCCCAGACCCUACCGGCCCCCCCGGGGUGGCUCCCCGUGCCCCCUGCCCUGCCCUUCCUGCCCUCCCAGGGGACCCCGGCAGGCCUCUGCUCGCCUGCCCUCGUCCCCAGCACUGCCAUCCCCCUGCCCCGUCCCGCCCUGGGCCAAGCCCAAAGCACAAAGCCAGGCGCCCUGCCCGCAGUUCCCCCCCAGCCCCGGUCCCUGGGGUCCCCCGGGGCUGCCCGGUGUGCCCCAGCAUCGGGGAGUUGGAGGGGACCCCCCCCCCCCCCCCCUCCCCGCAUUUCUGGCCCCAUAGUUAAAGCCAUAUCAGUUAGACUGCAAUACUUCAGCACCGGGAGGAGCGGGCGCCGCGCUCCACCGACCGUGUACAAAGGCGCGUGCGGGGCAGGGACCACCCCUGCCCCGUCCCCCCCGCCCCGUCCCCGCCGUCCCCACCGCUCGAUCGUCCGUGUCUCGGCCCCGCUGGCCCCCGUUUUCGCAUCAGUGUCUCUGUGCCAGGGUGCGCCUCGUCGCUCCAUGCGUCCUCGUGUCCGCUGCUCACGCUCCUACACGCCCCCUGCCCCCCUGAGUCCCUGCUGUCCCCGGGCCCACCCGCGGCGCUGAGCGGAGAGCCCCCCCGCCACGCUGCCGGGGGCCCCGCUCUGCAAUAAAGCCAGCGCGGGGCCGCGGGCUGCCGGGCCAGGCUGGGAGUGCCCAGCUGCCCCCCCCCCCCGACACUGGACACAUGGGUCCCUUGGGCCUGGGAAGGAUCCUGGGCAUGUCCCAGGAGCCGCUGCUUGCACCCCAAUGGGGGGAUGCAGGGGCACGCCCUCACCCCGGCCCGUCCCUUGCCACACCGUGCUCCCCCCUCCCUGUGCUUCCUCUGCCACAGCCCCCAGCUGCUCACCAGGGCUGUCCCCAGGAGGCAGCGGGUGGCUCAGGGCCCCGCAAACAUGCUGUGACCAUCCUGCUCGAACUAGUCUUUGACAAACUAAUAAAAUAAAGGGAUUUGUACAUUG